AUGAAAUUAUUUAAUCAUUUUAUAAAUAAUACUGUCUUUUUAUAUUUACAAAGAAAAGAAAGAAUAUAUUAUUUAAAUUAUAUAUUUUUUGCAUUAGUAUUAGCAUUUGCAUAUAGUGUUGGAUUAAUAUUUUUAGUUAUAAAUAGUUUUAGAAUAUUUUAUAGAAAUUUGGAAACUUUAUGGAUUUCAAUAUUAUCAAUUUUUGUAUUAUCAUGUACAGAUAAUUAUUAUCAAGUUUUUAAAGAUUCGUGUAAACAUAUUUUAGCAAUAUUUUUAGGUGGUGUUGUAUCGAUUGCAUCGAUUUCAAUGGUUGGUAGAUCAGUUUGGCCAAAUGUUUUCAUUAAUAUAGUAUUCUUUUUCAUUUCAUCUGGAUUAUUUUUAACAUCAAAUUUUUUCUCAUUUCUUCAUGCAAAGAAUAUGUUUAUAACUUAUUAUUUCAUGGUUUGGUUAUUACACUAUCCAUCACCAAUUGGAGAUUAUUUUUACUCACCUGUACCACAAUUGAAAUUUCUAUCGGUUGCAUGUGUCUCAUUAGGUGUUUGUAUGUUCACUUGUUUAAUAUUACGUUAUUCAUUCGCAACUGAUUUAUUUCAACAAACUUCAAAUCAAAUACUUAGACAAUCAAGUGAAUUUUUAAAAGUACUUGGAAAAGAUUUAAAUUUGUUAAUUAUAAAAUCAAUAAAUUCAGAUAGAAAUGAUUAUUCAAUUCAAGAAGAAGAAUUUUAUAAUAAAAUUAGAAAUAACCUAUUUCAAGACAUACCAAUGGACCAAUUGGUUUGUAAUAGAUUAUUAGCUAACCAAAAGAAAUCAACAUUGGAUGAUUUACAAUUUAUUUAUUAUGAAUAUUCAAGAUUAUUAAAUAGAUUAGGAUGUGUUUUAAAACAAUCGAAAAAAGAAAUUUGGAGUCAAGAUUUAUUCAUUCAUUUAGAUAAUCUUCAAAUUUUAUUCGAAAGAAAUCAUAAAAAACUUUAUGCACUUAGAUUUGGACUUUGUGAUGAUUUUCCAAAUGAAAUUUGUAAAAGAAUUAUAAUACCAUUAUUACCAUACAUUGAAAUCCUAUUAAAAGAAUGUAAUUAUAUUUUUAAUGUAAUGUCAAAACAAUUAAGUUUAAGAUUAACUCAUGAUUCAAAUAAUAAAAUCUUUGAAAAUUGGUUUAACAAUUAUCAUAAUAAUUCAAAUCAUAAUAAUAUAUUUGAUAAACCAAUAAAUGAAACAAAUAUAAAUUUACAUAAUAUUAAUAAUAAUAAACAUAAUAAUAAUAAUAAUAAUAAUAAUAAUGAAGAUAUUCAAUUAAAUUAUUCAUCAUCAUCAACAACAACUAAUUGUGAUUCUUCAAGUAGUUGUUGUUCUUCUUGUAAUACUAUUAAUAAUUUUAAAUGUUUAAAUUUAAUAUUAAAUGAAAAUAAAGAUAAUUUUAGAAUUAAUUCAAUGGAAUGGUAUCAAUUAGAAAUUAAUAAAUCAUUUGAAACAAUUGAUAAAACAGUUUUAAAAAUGCAAGAUAUUCAAAAUAAAAUUUUAGAUUUAAAUUUUUUAAUUGAUCAAAAUUAUAGAGAUAUACUAUCAAGAGUUUCAUUUUUUAUUAGAGGUUUUGAAAAAUUUAGUGUUGAACAAAAAACUUUAUCUUCUCAAGUAUUUUUAUUAUCUUAUCAUUUAUCAUUAACUAGACAAUAUCCACAAGAAGUUAAAAUAUUUUAUGGUGUAAUUAAUAGUAUAAAAAGCUAUUUUAAAAAUUAUAAUCAAAAUAAAUUAAUUGAAAAAUUAAAUAAAAAGAAAGAAAUUGAACAAUUUCCACCACCAAUUUUACAAAUUAAAUUUACAAAAAAAGAGAAAAUUAAUAAAUUAAUAGAUUAUUUCAUAUUUAAGAGAAUUUUAUUUAAUUGGUUAUUUUCAUUGAAAUAUUCUUUAGCUUCGAGUAUUUUAGCUGUGGUUGUGUAUGAAUUAACUUUACAUUCGAAAUUCAUUUUCUUUAGAAAUAUGGAAUGGAUACCAAUUAUAUUCAUAGUUUCAUCAUCACCUAUAACUGGUGCAAUUGCAAAUCAAACUGUACUUCGUAUUAUUGGUAGUAUAUUUGGUGGAUUCAUGGGUUAUGCUGCAUUGGUGCUAAUGUGUUUACCAAAUACUAGAGUUGGUCAAGCUUUUAUUUUCAUUGGUUUUUCAUUCUUUACAAUUGCUUUAUCUUUUUUAAUUGUAAAACAACAACCAUUUGAAAAAUUAGUAAUUUAUAUUGUUUUUGGUUAUUCGGUUGUAACACAAUUUCAAUAUGAAGCUUGGACACAUGAUAUUAUACCAACAAUAUUAAGAAUUUGUCAUAUUUGUAUUGGUCUUUUAUUUGUUGCAAUAGUUGGUUAUAUUUUACCUUACUAUGAUUAUAGACAAUUAGAAAAGAAUUUAUAUCAAUUACCAUUUGGAAUUAUUAAAACUUUUACUUUUUUAAUGAGUUUUAGUUUUAUUAAUUCAAGUGAACAAAUUAUAAAUAAUGAUGAUGAUGAUGAUACAAAUGAAGAUUUAAGCUCAAAUUAUUCAUUAAAUUCAUCAAAUGAAUCAAAUUAUUCAAACAAUAUUGAACAACAACAAGUUUGGAAAAAGGAUAAUAUUAUACCAAAUAUUUCAAAACAAGGUUUAUCAUUUCAACAAUAUAGAUUUUUAUUAAGUAAAGUUUAUAUUGAAUUAAGAACUAAUUUCCCAAUUCAAAGAACAUUAUUAAUGGAUGCUCAAUUCGAGUUAACAUUUAGACAAAGUAAAUAUGAAAGAAUUGAACAUAUUUUCAUUUCAAUUCAACAACUUCAUAAUAUUUUCGGUGCUUUGGAUUUCAUUGUAAGUGAAUCAAAUCAAAUUAGUCUUCAAUGUAUUGGUAAUACUGUAAAGGAUAAAUUAUUUUUGUUAUUGGUUGAAUUAAAUAUAACUUCCCAAUAUCUUUAUAAUAUAGCUUCAUUUGAAAAGGAUAGAUUUAGAGUUGACCAAAGGAAACCAAUUGAUAGAGAUAAUAGUUUACUCAUUUGUAAUGAUUUAAUUAAUACAAUUAGAGAAAGAAUUGAUAUUGGUAAUCUUUCUAUCCUCAAAAUUCAACAUUUAAAUGCAAUCAUUUUCAUUUUAAAUCAAUUUAUAACUCAAUACAAUUUAGUUUUCAAUUUACUCUAUGAUUUCAUUAAAAGAGUUAAUAUUAAAAAAAUUAAAACUAAUAAUUACAAUAUUACAAAACCAAAUGAAAUUCAAAAUUUAGAGGAUAUAAAUUAUCAUUGUGUUGUUGGUGAAGAUAUAAAAGAUAGAUUUUACACUUGCAAAAAAAAUAAACGAGCUUUUGUGUUAGUUUAUAAACAAAAAGGUUUAAAGCAAAAAAAAAAAAAAAAAUAA